AUGGUAGGGCCGCGUCGGGGCAGCGUAGAGCAGGGCCGCGAGUGGCGGCGGAGAGCAGGGGCGCAACGAGCGGCGGCAGGGCAGGGCCGCCGCAAGCGGCUAGGGUGGGCCGCGAAGGGCGGCGACAGGGCAGGGCCGCGAAUGGCGGCUAGGAAGGGGCCGCGACGGGCCGUUAGGCUCACGAACAGCAAGAGGGCGUAUGAUGCCAUCUCACCAACUUUCCUCCCCUUUUCCCCCCUUUACCAUUCUACCGGCUCACGGGCAGCAAGAAGUCGUGUGAUGCCAUCACGACAGCCUUCCUCUCGCGCCCUUUCCUCAUCUUUCCCCACCUCUCUCUCAACUCACGGGCACUCACGGGCAACAAGAGGGCGUAUGACAUUAUCACGGCAACCUUCCUCUCAUGCCUUUCCUCCCCCUUUCCCCCAUGCAUUCCUCUAUCAACUCACGUGCAGCAAUUGGGUGUUUGGCGCCAUCACACCAACCAUCCUCCGUGCUCUUUCCUCCCCUUUCCCCCAAUGUACCCCUCUCUUUGCUUACGGGCAGUAA